GAUUCUAUCCCCUGCUAAUCGAGCUCCUUUGAACAUCCUUGAAGCUAUUUCAGCAGGCGUUCUCGAUAGCGAUAACGUAAAAUGCAUCACAAAUACAACGACAGGUGGUCUCUUGACACUGUCGGAGGCUUUAGGCGCAAAAUAAUUUUACACGACAAUAAAUUCCGUGAUAACCUGACAGGAGAAAUUUGCACUAUUCCUGAGGCAGUAGACCGUGGCCUUAUAACUUCUGUUUCACAAAGAUCCAUUUUCGAUAUAGACGGUUUCAAAGAUCCAAAAACAGGAGAAUUUGUAUCUUUCAACAUUGCUCUGAGCAAAGGCAAUCUCAAAUACGUAAACGGUGAGACUUUCCUUAAAUCCGAAACUGGAGACUGGGUAUUCUUAGAAGACUGCACUAAGGUGUCUUUAGUUAGGGCUGAAGUUUUAGAAAUGUUUAAUCGUAAGAUAGGCGUGUAUGAGAAUGGUAAGGAAUUGUCAGUUUUAGAUGCAGUUUUCAAAAAUGUUCUAGAUCCAAAGACUGGUCAUUUGUUAGACUCAACAACCAAAAGGCCUAUUCCUUUCAACAAAGCUGUAGAAAUAAAUAUGAUUACUCCCGAAGGCGCGGCUUUACUAAAUUCGCUUCUUAAUAUUACACUUACUUUACAAACUGUUACCAAAACAGUUAAGCGCUAUGUAACAGUAACUAAUACAAGUGGUACACAGAGAUCUGAAACAAUAAUCACGUUCGCAGAGGCGAUAAGACGUGGCCUUAUUGAUGAAAAUACACAAACCUUUACUGAUCCUACCACUGGAACAGUCUUCCCAAUACAACAAGCCUUAGACGAAGGCUUGCUAGGAGUUGAAAAGAACGAACCACGCGUUGUCCAUAUAUCUGAUCGUGUUAGCAAGAAGGAUUUGGUACCCGGCCAAGUAGUCGAACUUAAAAUUACGAAAAAGUCCUACAUCAAAGAUUUACCACCAAGUCCUGAAGGUAAAGUGCAAAGAGAUAGUAGUAGGCCUGAAACUGUUAAAAGCCCUGACUUUGCCAUUCAUGAAAUGCAACCGCGCGAGGGUAUGGUACAAGAAAUUAGGACAGUUACUUCAAAAUCGGUCGUUAGUGAACCGACUGUUACAUCUAUGACUAUUAAAAGAAUACAAUAGAGUUACCACGCGGUGGUUGGACGUUAAAGGAAGCUAUACAACAAAAUCUCUUUGACCCAACUACCGGUAUGUUUAUUAUUCCUGGCACAGACAGAGUUUUAGAUCUGGAGGAGGCUAUUAAGAUUAAUAUUGUCAACGGUGACUCU